GGAGACGGUGGGAGGCUCAGGCAUGGCGGGCUGCACGUCCCGAGCCCUGCCCCGCGGGAAGGCAGCUAAGGCCCGGCGAGAAAUCGAGCGCAGCGCCGGUGGGCUAGCACUGCUGGGGGACCCAGUACACCCUCCGCAGCUGCUGGCCCGGGUGCUAAGCCCCUCAUUGCCCGGGGCCGGCAGGGCCGGCCGGCUGCUCCGAGUGCGGGCCCGCCAAGCCCACGCCCACCCGGAACUCCAGCUGGCUCGUAAGCGCCGCGCGCAGCCCCGGUUCCCGCUCGCGCCUCUCCCUCCACACCUCCCUGCAAGCUGAGGGAGCGGGCUCCGGCCUUGGCCAGCCCAGAAAGGGGCUUCCACGGUGCAGCGGUGGGCUGAAGGGCUCCUCAAGUGCCGCCAAAGUGGGAGCCCAGGCAGAGAAGGCGCCGAGAGCGACCGAGGGCUGUGAGGACUGCCAGCACGCUGUCACCUCUCAGUGAUACCUAACUAUAAGAGGAAAUGGUUUUCAGUGAAGAGCCAGAAUUAUCUCAAAUAUUGUUUAAGUGGGCUUUAACUACUGCCGAUGUAUUAUCCCACUUUCUCCUCCAACAGCCCUGCAAAAAAUGUUAUCAUGCAAAUGGGGACUAAGUUUCAGAACUCAGAUGAGCCAAAUGGUUACUUGUCUUGAGAGAUAAAUAUGCCUUUGGAACUGAAGACAGAAAAAUUUUCAGAAUCCUGGAAGCCCCGGGGAAGGAGUGUGAAGAAUAAAACCAGGCAGGCCUUGCUUGAGAGUACAGUUCUUUUUUUUUUUUUUUUUGAGAUGGAGUCUCGCUCUGUCGCCCAGGCUGGAGUGCAGUGGCGCGAUCUCGGCUCACUGCAAGCUCGAGAGUACAUUUCUUGAAACAGGGCUAGAAUUCUUUCUGCCUGGUAUCAUUAAAAAGGAGGUGACAAUUUGGCCUAAGAAAAUUCACGGAAUCCAUUUUGAAAGACAAUUAUGAGUGGAAAACACCUGAGUUGAAAAGUGGGGAAGUUUCUCAAUCUGCUUACUCCAAGGAAAUUCUUAAAGGAAUUAUAAACACUUACCUAAUAAGUUAAUUUUUAAUUGUAAAAUAGACCAUCUUCAAUUUUUUGAAGAGCCCUUGUGUGGAGGAAUGCGAUCUCAUGGAAACAGUGACCAAAAGAAAGUUCUCCUAUUGCUUUUUACUUCCCUUUGCUUGAAAAAAGAUAAACAGCAUAGAAACCUCCAAGAGGCUACCGAGUUCUCUGAACUUUUUUCUCUGCGGCUGCGCCUGGAACUGCUCCCUGCUGCAUUUACUGCCUCUGUAAGAGCAACAGUCUCUCCUGAAAAUUGGACUGAAUUCCAACAAGUUGACAACUUGCAUGAAGACAAGAUGUACUGCAGUGCCAUGCUGGGCAUCUUAAAGAACAAGGCAUUGUCCUCUGCAGACACCCAGGCUGCAGACUUCAAGGACUGGAAGAAGAGCUUUGCGUCUUCUCUCUUCUCUAUACAGACACAAUCUGUAGCAGCAAAUGUGUUACAGAUGAAGGACAGAAGCUGGGUCCUAGAUGUGAGGAGGAGGUUUGCUCAUAUGGAGAGCUGCAACCUUCUCAUUGUGUCUGAAGCAUUUGUGACAAAAGGAUCCUCAUCAGAGGUCAGUUACAGUGAGUGCAUCAGGCAUGGAUCCAUGUUAGAAAAUUGUCCCAAGGAUAACCAGGACCUGCUGGAGCACAGGUAUGCGGGGACCUCAGUAACAAGGCCCAGGGGACUGCAGCAGUCCUCCAGUCAGUUAGCCACCAGUGCUCAGUGGAAAAUCUAG